AUGCUGCUGAAAGCAUCCUGCCCAUGCCUUGGUUACCUUUGGGUUUGGUGGAAAACUCAUGAUAAUGAAAGAUUCUGGUCUUUUGAGCUCAACAUAUGGAAGUCAGAAGAGCGCCGUAUUGUUUCUGUGUUAAACUUGAUGGAAGUUGUAUCAGGAAGCAUUAGUUCUUCUCGUAUUGGAAAUCGCGCUGGUGUUUAUUUUCGUGCACCUGGGCAGCAAUCUGUCCCAGGUGCAUUAGUUGGUGAAAGUAUCAGAACCAAUACGAGAAACCGGUUCAUCCGCCAAAACCAGAUUAUAGCAGUUUUCUUCCAUCACAAGAAUUGCAAACUUGCAUCAAAAUACCAUAACAAAUUUAGCAUACUUUUUGUAUCACUAAUGCAUGCGAUGUAG